UGGGGCGAAUUGACCCAUCGAAAAUAAGCUCAAGCACGUGGGGGCGCGGUCUUUUCGAAAUGUCACACAAAGCUAAGUAUCCCCCAAGUUCUAGACUAAGCUAGAUAGUUGAAUUGAAAAUAUCACUAUGACGAAUGUUACAAGACACAACUUCGAGGAGCUUCUUCCUGAAAUUUUAAGAAACAUUGAACGGAGUGAUUUUAUCGCCAUUGAUACCGAGUUCACCGGCCUGCAUUUUCAAAGUGACAGCCACAACAGUCUUUUUGACACACCACAGGAUCGGUACAGCAAGCUACGACAGACGGCUAGUCAGUUUACUGUCUGUCAGCUGGGGCUUUCAGCAUUUAUCAAAUCUUCAAGUCAGAACAAGUACAGUGCUCACACCUACAACUUCUAUCUGUUCCCGAAGAGUUGUGCAACCAUCGAUGCCAGAUUUUCUUGCCAGGCAUCCAGUAUUCAGUUCCUCUGUCAGUAUGGCUUUGAUUUCAACAAGCUUUUCUAUGGAGGAGUGAGCUACCUCAGUAUGGAGGCAGAGAAAGAACUGAGGCAACAAGUGGAAGAACAAGAAAGCAUCUUAACCAGUGAUGUUGACGAUCAUUUAGUGACGAGUUUCACGUCAGCAAUAUCCGACUGGUUGCCGGGCGCUAAGGAAGGAGACCAGAUAAGCUUAGCUAAGAUUUCUGACGACAUGGUUUCCAUUCAGAUGCAAGCCUUGCUGAGGAAUUGUUUCCCAGAUAUUUGGACCUCGCAAGUUGAUACAGGAGAGAUAUUAAUAACAAAGUUGAAUCCUGAGAAGAAAGCUGCAUUGCUGAAAGAAGAAAGACCUUGGACAGAAAGGUUGUUGGUCAAGCUAAGUGGCUUCACAAGAGUCUUCAGGCACAUCAGUGAGCUGAAGAAACCCCUGAUUGGUCACAAUUUCCUGACGGAUCUUCUCUUUCUGCACUCCAAGUUCUACAAGACAUUACCAGCUAAAUUCCAAGACUUCAAGAGGAACAUCCAUGACUUGCUUCCUCAUCUUUACGACACCAAGUUCCUCAUCAUGGAGAUCAGGAGGGAACUUGAGGAAGCAGGCUUGUCAUUGACCUCAACGAGUCUUGCCAAUGUUUACCACGCCAUGCACACCGAUCCCAGUAAGCUGGGUGUACCGCACCUGCCAGAGAUAGAACUGGCUGACAACUGUGCCAGAUACGGAAAGGAAGAGUUUUUCCACGAGGCUGGGUUUGAUGCCUAUCUUGCCGGCUAUGUGUUCUUGAGAAUGGCUCACUACAUCACAGCCAAGGAUACAAGCAUCAUGCAUCCCAAGCUGCUUACAUUCAGGAAGUACAUCCCAGCCUUAGCUCCACAUGAGAAUAAAUCCAACAUCAUCAGAGCCAGCGUACCGUAUGUGAAUCUGGCAGGAGAAGAUCCAGCAUCGAGGCGACCCAAAUUACUGUACGUCACCUCUAGAGGGCCUUCUCCAUUGCAGGCAAAGGAGUUGGCAGCCAUGUUCAACACCUACACCUCUGUGGAUGUGAAGAUGAUUGACAGGAGGCAUGCCUUGUUGGCGACGUCAACCUGGGGAGGGAGUAAGGACAUUAUGAGAGCAUUCAAGAAUGACAGAACGAUUCAUCUGGCUAACUACAAUGUAUUCCAGCAUUCCAAACCUGUCCGCUAUGGACUGUGGGGUGCUAUUGCAGUCAUGGGAGCUGUGUGCUUAUGGACGUUUUUUGGAGACCAACCCAAGAAAACAUGAAUUCACACAGUCAGAGUGGACCUCAACCAACCAACUUGUCCAGCAGAUAGGAAAGAUCAUACUUGUCUAGUGAUUUGUUUACCUGGAUCCAUUGUGUCUGAGGAUGCUCUCCCGUAUGACCAGCGUGCAGUAAUACCACACCAGUAGGAAAUGAAACAGGGCGUCGCAGACUCUACACAACAAGAAC